GUCAUUGGUGUGCGUCUUCUGUUCUGUUUCCGAAUCUCAGCAGUGCAGAGUGAACAAGACCCAGCAAAUGAAGGCAAUUGGGCGAAUUGGGGUGAGCGGAACUGGAAUAUUCAAAAGAUUAUUUAUUUAUUUUUGAGGAACAAGAUGGGUGGUGGGUCGAGUGGCAUUCUGAUGAUGGUGUUUUGGGUUAUAAUGCUCUGCCACUGCCUCCCUCUAUAUCUCAAUCUCGAUCUCAAUCUGUAUGCGGUAGCAGUACCAACGACUGAAGAAUCCGAAGAAGAAUUCCAACAACAACUGAGGAGGGCGGUAGAUGUGAAGGGAGGCCCCGACUCAAUUGUGUGGGUGGUUCAGCUCUCUGAUCUCCAUUUCAGCGUCCACCAUCCCGACAGAGCUCUCGACUUCAAGGAUUUCGUGGGUCCCGCCCUCUCCUUCAUCAACCCUUCUCUCGUCUUCAUCACCGGUGAUCUCACAGAUGGAAAAAGCAAGGAUUUGUUGACAAUGAAGCAAAAUGAGGACGAGUGGCUGGAAUACCACAACGUCAUGGAGGACGUCAUCAAAAGGAGUCGACUUGACAAGACCCUCUUCUUUGAUCUCAGAGGAAAUCACGACAACUUUGGCGUCCCACAGCUCGGCGGCUCCUUUGAUUUCUUUUCAAAGUAUAGCAUCAGUGGCCAGUUGGGCAGAAGGCGGAAUGUCAACAGUGUCACUCUUCAGACUGGUGAUCGGAAGCAUCUCUUUGUUGGAGUCGAUACCACAAUGUCUGUUGGUUUACGAGGUCCAACUAAUCUCUUUGGGCAUCCAACUGAUCAACUAUUAGCAGAAUUGGAUACACACCUCUCACAGUGGGACUCUAGAUCACAAGAACCAUUAAGCAAGAUUUCCUUUGGGCAUUUUCCUCUUUCAUUCUCAGUGACCUCAAACUCUGGGAAGAGCCUAAAAGAUAUAUUCCUCAAUCAUUCCAUAUCAGCUUAUAUAUGUGGGCAUCUGCAUUCUAGGUUUGGCAGAAACUUGAAGAGGCGCCAUCAGUUGAGUCGUCACUUUUUAUCCUUGCACAAGUUUUUCCAGCUUAAUGUACACCAGCCCUAUUUUCAUAGUGCUGUUAACUGUUCAACUGAAGCCCCAGCCGCCAAAGAGUUCUGGGAGUGGGAGAUGGGUGACUGGAGGAGGAGCAGAGCCAUGAGAAUUUUGGCCAUUGAUAGAGGCCAUGUUUCGUAUGUUGACAUUGAUUUCAAGUCAGGCACCAAAAAGACUAUCAUAUUGCCAACUUUUCCCCUGGACUCACGGUUCAUGUCAACAUCUUCAUCCCAUCACGAGUAUGAAUGUCAUGAUAUGGUCCCUUUAUCUUAUGGCACAGUUAGAGCCCUAGUGUUUUCUGUUUCUCCAAUUGCAUCAGUUACGACUAAGAUCUAUGACUCAAGACCUGGAUUUCUCAAUCUGGUAUUUGAGGCACCCAUGCAAAUGAUUGGGGAUAACACCUCCAGGGGAGAUCUUUAUGUUGCUCCAUGGAAUCAUAGAGCCUUUGAGGAUCCAGUCCCAAGCAGAUAUUGGUUGCAAAUAGAAGCAACAGACUUCAUGGGCAGAUCAAUUUUAUCUGAUUUGAGGCCGUUUUCUGUUAAUGGCCUUACUACUAUGACUUCAUGGACCUGGAAGGAAUUUAUGGUCAUGGGUUGUCAAUGGGAUGCCUUGUAUUACCCAAUGCUCUGGUGUGCUGUAUAUUUCAUACUCUCCAUCCUCCUUAUUCCAAAAGCUAUCCUCACUUUCUCAGUUAGGCAUUUCACUUACAAGAAUAAGGGCUUCGUUAGUGCUGUAGGAUUGGUUUUUCAGGAGCUCUGCAGGCUUCCCGUAGCCUGGUUUGGUUUUUUAGGAUACUUGUUCUACCUUAUAUUAUUCCCCUGGUUUACUGGGCAAGUUUUCACGGACAGCAAGGAUAAAGGAUACAUGACCUAUAUGGGGUGGGUGGUCAAAUCUUUCAAUCAGAAGGGAAAACAUGAGUAUGUUGGAUCUCCAGAUGUAAUGGUAGUGGUUCUUCCACAUCUCGUCUUUGUGGUUUUUCCUGCUCUUUUCCUGACUGCUGCUUUGGCUACUGAAAAACAGAUCUAUAGGGAGCAUUUCCUCUCUGUUACAGGGAAGAAAGAAGAUGACUAUGGUCCAGAGGAAAAGAGAUCUUUAUGGUACGAUUACUCAGGUAAUAGGAGAUCAAAUUCUGGUGUUGGAAACCGGUGGAUUCGAAAUGUACUUUUGGUUCUUUGCUUAGCAGUUUGUUGGAAGCACUUUAUGAAUUGCAGGACUCUCAUCAAAGCAUAUGAGAUGAAUCCCAUUCUCCAUUUUCCAGGAUAUAGCCUAGCAAUUCCACUACUGUUGGCUUAUACUGCCUACAAAACCAGGAGUGUAUAAUUACCACGCGCGCAUUGCAGGCAGCAAAAUUCGACUCGCAUUUCUUCAAGUUGUAUCAGCAUUCCUUGUUGCUUGCCAGUAACCAGGUUAGGGCGGAUUCAUUCGUGCAAACUUGGGUUUGGGUCAGGUGACAAAAUAAGACGACCGGAAAAUUGGUGCUUUGAGUCUUAGAUGUCUGUCAGGGCAGGUGCAUUUGUACGUAUGGGGUUGGAGAUGACUUGUGUUGGGAAAGCAGGCAGCCCUAGGCCCCUACCUAGCUAACACCUAGGCCACGCUAGGGAUAUAUUGUACUUUUGUAACUUGGUUGCUUCUAAGGAGGAGGGAUUUGCAAUUCAUCUCUCUUUUGCAUCUUA